GGAAGGUAACAUGGGUCAAAAACAAUGCGACGAAUAAUAAAUAGCUCGCUACUAGCAGCUAAAACAAUCCUAAACAUCCUUUCAAAAACAAUGACUCCCGUGCUUUGUGCUAUAUGCCCGGGCCGGGCCGGCUGUUGCAGUGCCCGCGGCUGCGUAAAUCUCAAGUGCCGCUGUGACACUAUCGCGUGCAUGCAGCAUGGAAUGCGGCUGCAGUCGUCAGAGGAAAGGGGGAGAGGGAUUUCAUCCAAUGUUUGACAUUGCUGCCAAGAAGAACAUUGUUGCCAAGCAGAACAUUGUUGCCAAGAAGAACAUUGUUGCCAGGAAGAACAUUGUUGCCAGGAAGAAGCCUGCGAGGAUCGAGGCAGCCUUCUUUUGUUUCAGACUGCCUCUGGGCCGCUGGAACCAAGAGAGUUUAAUUCGAAAAACGGCAAAUCAUGGCGCUGUUCGACAUUUUAGCUCGUGGCCGGUGCAAAUCCGUGCCAGGCAACCCGAUGCGGCGGAAAUAACGGAACAGGUUGCCAGCUGCCGACGUGACAGCUCGGCGCCUAAUCCGGGCGCAAUUGAUUGCUGGGUGUGGAGAGCCGCGGGUCCGGGCCUCUGCAAUCGCGUGCAAAAAAAGCCACACAGCGUUGCCGACUCCACAACUCAAAUCGACACGCUCUCAUUGGGUGGAGAGCGGUGGCUGUGCUGGACAAAAACGUGGCAGCUGCAAAAUCAAACGGCAACGCCGGCCGGCCGGUCGACCGAGCUAAUUCUUGAGGAAGGCGUGAACGGUCGGUGGGAUCAACCACCAUUUACGCUUAUUCCGUCCGUCACUCUGCGGCUUGGCACUGAGCGAAGCUGA